GAUAUGGAGAAGGGCGCAAUGCGCGUACGCGUUAACCACGGAGGUACAGGGCUACCGUUGUACUUGUCGAGUUAUCAUCGUUUAUGAGGGAGUUGCGCGAACAAGUGGAAAAAGCUCGAAAGACUUGGUCAACCGUAGCCGAUGAAGACGAAGACGUCCGUACAGGGACGAGCUACGUUGCUCGUUCUUUAGCUGUGAAAUAUUUUUGUUUACGUCCUUUCAUCGAAUUAUCGGCUUGUUGGUGAUUUAUUUGAGUUCGUAUCGGGCAAAGUGGUCUCAAUCGAAUAACGAAGAGGAGGAAACGAGGAUUACCGUGUGGAGAAAUUAUUGUGACGCUUCCAAAUUGUUUCUCGAGAAUUCUUGAGAUUAAUAUAACAAAGCAGAAAAAAAAGCAAAAAAAAAAACAGCGUCAAGAUGAUGAAGUUCAAGCAGCAGGGGCUGGUCUCGGACCUGAUGCCCAACAUCAGGCUCAUGCAAAUCAGCGGACAUUUUAUGUUUAAUUAUUACGCCGAUGGCAUGAAAUUCAUGCACAAAAUUUACUGUGUUGUUCAUCUUGUUUUGGUUCUUGUUCAAUUCGGUUUAUGCCUCGUAAAUAUGGCUAUGGAAAGCGGGGACGUUGAUGACCUUACGGCAAACACGAUAACCGUCCUAUUCUUCACCCACAGUAUAGUAAAAUUGGGUUAUUUCGCUGUACGGAGCAAAUUGUUUUAUCGGACUCUCGCGAUAUGGAACAAUCCGAACAGCCAUCCACUUUUUGCGGAGAGUAACGCGAGAUAUCACGCGAUAGCACUGACAAAAAUGCGAAGAUUACUCUUCGCGGUUGGCGGUGCUACCGUUCUCUCGGUUCUAUGCUGGACCGGCAUCACAUUCGUCGGUGACUCGGUUAAAAAAGUCAUUGAUCCCGUAACCAAUGAAACGACUUUUGUCGAGAUUCCAAGACUGAUGGUUCGAUCGUUUUAUCCAUUCGACGCGAGUCAUGGAAUGGCUCACAUUCUCACACUGGUCUAUCAAUUCUAUUGGCUGGUAUUCACCAUGUUUGACGCUAAUUCGAUAGACGUACUUUUCUGCUCAUGGUUGUUGUUCGCAUGUGAGCAACUGCAGCAUCUUAAGCAAAUUAUGAAACCUCUUAUGGAACUCAGUGCAACCCUUGACACGGUUGUUCCGAACAGCAACGAACUAUUUAAGGCCGGUAGCGCGGAACACUUACGAGAUAAUACGAACAACGUGCAGCCGCCUCCACCUUCGGCACAAGGUGAAAAUAUGCUCGAUCUUGAUUUACGAGGGAUUUACAGCAACCGUCAAGAUUUCACUGCUACUUUCCGACCUACCGCCGGUACUCAAUUCAACGGUGGUGUCGGACCAAAUGGAUUGACCAAAAAGCAAGAAAUGCUCGUCAGAAGCGCCAUCAAAUACUGGGUCGAGAGGCAUAAGCACGUUGUUAGAUUGGUAACAGCCAUUGGAGACGCUUAUGGCGUUGCACUCCUGUUUCACAUGUUGAUCACCACUAUCACAUUGACACUUUUGGCUUAUCAAGCUACGAAGGUGCACGCGGUCGACGUCUACGCCGCAACGACCAUAGGAUACUUGUUGUACAGUCUCGGCCAAGUAUUCCUUUUCUGCAUAUUUGGUAACCGUCUGAUUGAAGAGAGUUCAUCGGUAAUGGAAGCUGCGUAUUCUUGUCAUUGGUACGACGGUUCUGAGGAGGCAAAGACGUUUGUGCAAAUCGUUUGUCAGCAGUGUCAAAAAGCCAUGUCAAUAUCAGGAGCGAAGUUCUUCACGGUUUCCUUAGAUCUUUUCGCUUCGGUACUCGGAGCAGUCGUCACGUAUUUCAUGGUGUUGGUACAACUCAAGUGAAUGCAACGCUUGUUGACGAAUUUUUCGUCAGUAAAGAGGAUUAUUAACAAGGAUAACACUGAAAAGAAGCAAGUGAUGAUUUAUUACGGCUUCGAGAAAGGAGGAAUAGUUUUGAUUAAUCGGGAUCGACUCGUGAUUACCGAUCGGGUCGACUUUGUGGUGCGGAUAGCCCGAAAAACGGAAGCGUGUGUGGACCGAGCCUUUUUUUCAAUCUCUUUAUUCAACCUGUAACAUUGUGAGUCGGCGAAAUUGGAAAUUUGCUAUGCGUUGUUAAUGAUAGGCUGCAGUAUUUGAAAAUUGGGACAACAAAUUGAAUACAAAACAUUUUUCAACCAUAAAAUUCUUUAACAACUACAUGAAUGUAUCGCGUAAAGCUCGAAUGACUAGCACACAGAUUAAUGUUCCAUAUAAACUGCACUCAAUUUGGAGAACAAAGUACGCUAAACUUCUUACAUUAAUUUAAUUCUACAACGGCGAUAAUAAUCGUACGUAAUAAAAGAUGAAAAAAAUGGCAUCUAUUUUUCUUUUAGAUGAUUUAAAUAUAUUUUAAAACUUUGUUUCUUUUUCGUAAUACACAUUUUUUGACAACUUAUCAAUGCAGAUUAUGAAUCAUCGAUAAUUUAGUAAUGCGGAUGAAGCGAGGCGCAAGUUUGUCAAUUACUCGUUACCUAAGAAUGAUUACCUCAGAUUAUGCAUGAACGAUAGAAUAAUAAUAAUAAUAAUAAUAAUGAUAAUAGUGAUAAUAAUGACGACGAUGAUGAUGAUGAAUUUGUGAAAAGCUUGCGCUCUGCGUUAAUGGAGUUUCAGAAAAAAGUACAUGUAAAUACAAACUUAUCGCAAGUAUAUAUUAAAUAUCAAUGUUGAAAAAUGUUGAAUUAACCCUCACAACACGAUGCUCUUGAUUUGAAAAUAUUCUCUUAUAGAAUACAUUGAGAUCGGAGGAACGCGAACUUUUGAAGGUUAAUAUUUGUUUGAUUCUACUGAAACUGUUGUAGGAAACAAAAUUCUACAAGUACUCACGUUUUUGACUGUUUUUUUUUCUUUCGUAAUAUGGUAAACACUAUGGAAAUCACCAAGAUAUAUUAUUAUACCUUCAUUGUCUUAUAUUUACCCUUGAUCUUUACUUAUGCCUUUUUUCUCGAAGCAAGUAACAUUUUUUUAUACAUAUAUAAGAAGAUUGUAUUCGUAAAAAAGGAUUAAUAAAUUUCGAAAUAACGACACGAGGACUAUUUUGUGAGAACAGAAA